UUCUUCAUAAUUUUGUCACAAAAUUCACAAUGUGAAUUACGAGUAAAAUCCGUCUGACAUUCUCCACGAUUUGUCAUCUAAAUUCUUUGGGAAACAUUUUGUCUGAUUUAGAGCUGCAGAGUGGCAAGUUUCCAACGUAUUCUGCAGAUAUUUUGUGAGCGAAUUCGAUCGCUGUUAGUUAGCUGCUUGUUUGUGGUUUGUGAUCUACCAAGAACUGAUCGGGAAAUUAUGCCAGCGAUUCAAGAAAAACUUGCAGCCACAGGCGUCGUCAGCCGUCUGAGGAGUACGUUGGCCACUGGAAAUUAUUACGACGUCGAGUUUUCUGUUGGCCGACAGUUUGGAGCGCCGAAGUUCCUGCGCGCACACAAAUUGUUGUUAAGCAUCAGCAGCGACGUUUUUGUUCGGAUGUUCUACGGAAAUCUGCCAGAUAAAUGCGAGUCUCCUAUUGAUGUUCCUGAGAUUCCGCCAGAUGUCUUCCUCAACAUGCUCAGUUUUGUGUACACGGACGCCGUGCAGAGCCUGACUGUCGACAAUGUAAUCCCGACCAUGCACUGCGCCGAGAAAUACAAUAUUCCGCCGCUGUUUGAUCUGUGCUCCGAAUUCAUCAUCCGUCAGCUCAACGUGGACAACUGUCUGACUGUUCUGCAGAGCGUGAUACAUCUGGACGCGGGUGUGGUUGUGGAAAAAUGCCGGGAGAUACUGGACACCCACUCCUUGCCCGUACUGCAACCGCCGCAGUUUCCGGAGAUGGAUAAUGGUACUAAACUGCGGAUGAUGGUGGCACGGAAUACACUAUCCGCUGCACGGCAUCUCAUCCAUGCGGCCGCAGCGCCACCAGAGAACCGUGCUGAUGCGACUGAAACGGCGCGAGUUGAUGCGACGUCGAUUGCCAAGGAGGCCAAGGAAAAAGCGGGCGCGAGCAGUGCAGCGGAAGGGGAUGACGAAGAGAACCGGCAGCUCAUGGCUGAAGCGGAGGCCGCGGCGGUGGCACAGCGGAAAGCCAGUUCUGAUGGCAGGAGGGAGCGACGCCGCCUGCAGCGCCGGGAGAAUCGGCCGGAGGUUCGGCGUCAAGAACGCCAGCGGAAAGCUGCGCGGGCCCACGACACGGAAGAGGAGCGGCAGCAGCGGCGUACCGAACAUGAAGAGCGGACACAGCGGGAGCAGGCCGAAAGUUAUGCGCGGUGUGUACAAGAACAUUACAGCCGCUUGAAGCGCCAAAAGGCGGAUGAGAUUGCUGCAGCGGAGAUGGAACUGGACGCUAGUAGCCAGUUCAAUUUAAACUUCAAUUGUCAUAGAAAGGAUUACUCUGGGUCAGCGUUGCCGUUACGUUCCAGUACACUAUGUUUGCAGAUUUAUUCCGGAAUACGACUUGUACAGUAACCAUAAUAAUUAAAACAUUUGAAAAGCUGUAGACAAAAAUUGCGAAGUGUCACGUAAUUGCUUGUAAUCGAAAUAAUUACGCUAAAUCGUAACCAACCCAUCAUUGUUGACUACAAUGACUAAUCAACUGGAC